CCAUUUCUUCCGUCCAGUCCCAUUUCACGGAAGCUGCCGGCUAGUUGAAGGUCCAGUCUCAGUCGAGUUUAGGACUGUCGUGCGAUUAGACGUUGUGACGGUUUCAGGAUGGCACGUCUCACAGUAUUGUGUCUUCUUUUCAGUGCCUGUGUAAUGGUACGUGGAGAUCUGGGGUUGAAUCUGACAAUUCCAGGUCUUGUUAGUGGUGUUUCCGGAGCACUCAGCCAGGGAAUGAUAAAUCUCAUCAAAGCCAAUGGCACGAUAAGAAUGGAAGCAGAAAUGGAUAGUUCAGGGGCGUUGGUGUCGCUGAUCAAAGUGGUCAACGAUGUAACGAGUCCUUUGAACAAACUUCUUGGCGCUACCUUGGCAGGUUCCAGCAAAAAGGAUAAUAGUCAGGAGCUUUUCGCAGCUUUAUCAACCCAUGUUGUAAACACAAAGGCGGCAAUUGAUAGCGCAGUGAAAUCAUCGGAUGAGCUUCAAUCAACUGUGAAGCCCUCGCAAUACAACGAUGUUCGGGGUAAUGUGACUCUCAUAGAAUCGAACAUUCCAAAGCUUCAGGAAGCAUUCACCGUUCUGAGCACUACCGCUGCAGUUGUCGAGAGCUCAAAAGAUCCAGUGACGUCCGACAAUGUCACAAAUUUCUUCACGAAGUCCAUCCUUGACGAUCUAAUCAACCCUCUGCUAAACAUCACCCAAGGAAUAAAUGGACUGGCCACGACCGUAACAUCAAUUGUAAAGGAUAAGAUGGCCUCGAUGAAUGCGAUCGCUUCCGUCAACGGAACAAUCAACAAUGGACUAAGAAGUCUCGCUACGACAACAUCCAAUUUCAACAGAUCAGUUAACGAUGCUGGCAGCUUUGUAUCCAACAACGGAAAUGGUUUAUACGGAAGCAUCAACCAAAUGUACUCACCCUACAUGAACCGUCCCCAGAACUUUAACGGCGGAGAUGUUACCAGAGUUAGUAACUAUCUCGCCGAAUUGAAAACCAAAGUUGAACAGUUCAGCAGCGAUAUGUCCAACACCUUCACCUAUUUGCGGGAUAAUGUCACCGUUCUGCUAAACAGUCAAGUGGACCGAAUUUCGAAAAUCCUUCUGGACACGGCCGUCUAUAUGACCAACACUGGAUACUCUAGCAGCAGUGAGAAUGGUGAACCUUGCGCUAGCAAAUACACGAAAGAACUGACCCAGAACCCACUGCUUGUCAGUCGACUGAGUGGAUGUUUGCAGCCGGAGGUAAAUGGAUUCAACGGAAUUUAUCAACUUUUCCGGGUGCUGAUGGACCAAACCCGAACACUGGGAGGAUCCGUAUCGGCCCAAGUUCUAGGCCGGCAGUGUACUCAGGGUACGACCGAUUGCGUCGCUACGUACUUUGGAUACCUGGAGGACCUCUCCCAGCAGGUAAACGAGAAGCUGAAAAUCAACGUCCAAAUCGUCCAUCGCGAAACGCUGACCAUGCAAAAUCGUAUCGGAGCAUGUACGAUGGCCGUCACCGCUGACAUUGCGGACAAUGCACGAAUGAUGCAGGGCAAAUUCGAGAACUGUCUGGUUACCGGUACUAGAAAUAUCUUUAAAGUGGGAAAAUAAAGCGGAAUUUUAUUAUGGAAUUAAAUAAAUAAAAAGAAGA